GUGAACGAGAAAUGUCGAUGCUAUUUACGCUGAUCGCGCUUACAUUGUCGUUGCUUAUAUUUUUUGCACGACGACAUCUUCAGUAUUGGCGGCGCCGGAAUAUUCCUCAUGAUGUGCCACAUCCACUUUUCGGAAACCUCAAGGACUGGCAGAAUAAGCGUCAUAUUGGCCAUAUUUUUCGGGACUACUACUUGAAAUACAAGGAUUCGUGCUACCCGUUUGCUGGAUUCUUCUUCUUUUUCACCAAGACUGUUGUGGUGACCGAUUUGGAUCUGGUCAAGAGAGUGCUGAUCAAGGACUUCAAUCACUUCGAGAAUCGGGGUAUUUUCUACAACGAGAUCGAUGAUCCGCUUUCGGCUACCUUGUUCAGCAUCGAAGGUCAGAAGUGGCGGCAUUUGAGGCACAAGUUGACUCCCACUUUUACGUCCGGCAAAAUGAAGAACAUGUUCCCUAUAGUCGUGAAAGUUGGAGAGGAAAUGGAUACGAUAUUCAAGGGUAAAACUACUUUCGGUGAAAGUCCAGUCUUGGAGGUUGUCGAUCUUGUGGCACGAUAUACCGCUGACGUAAUAGGUAACUGCGCCUUUGGUCUGAAUUGCAAUAGUUUGCAUAAUCCAGAGGCGGAAUUUGUGACAAUUGGCAAACGGGCGGUCGUUGAACAUCGCUAUGGAAAUAUGUUGGAUAUAUUUCUUUUCGGCUUUCCCAAGUUAUCACGCCGUUUGCGUCUAAAACUAAACGUCCAGGAGGUGGAGGACUUCUACACCAGAAUCGUAAGAGAAACAAUUGAGUACAGAUUGAAGACUAAGGAGAAGCGAAACGACUUUAUGGACAGUCUGAUUGAAAUGUAUAAAAAUGAGCAGGCUGGCAACUCGGAGGACGGUCUUACGUUCAACGAGCUCCUUGCCCAGGCUUUCAUCUUCUUUGUGGCAGGCUUCGAGACGAGCUCUACGACCAUGGGAUUCGCGCUCUUUGAACUGGCCCGCCAUCAGGAUGUUCAGGAUAAACUCAGGGAGGAGAUUAACCAUGUUCUGGGCAAGCACAACAACGAGUUCACCUACGAGGGAGUCAAGGAAAUGAAGUUUUUGGAGCAAGUCGUCAUGGAAACUCUUCGAAUAUACCCCGUUUUGGCGCAUCUUUCGAGAGUGACCGAGACGGACUUUUCACCUGAGGACCCCAAGUACUUUAUCGCCAAGGGAACAAACGUUGUGAUCCCAGCUCUGGGCAUUCACUUUGAUCCUGAAAUAUAUCCAGAUCCGGAAAAAUUUAAGCCGGAACGUUUCACGGACGAGGCAAUCGCUGAAAGACCCUCAUGCACCUGGCUUCCGUUUGGAGAAGGUCCCCGGAAUUGCAUUGGACUUCGAUUCGGACUAAUGCAGGCCUGUGUGGGAUUGGCCUAUCUGAUCAGGGGCUAUAAGUUUAGUGUGGCCCCGGAGACCGAAAUUCCUAUACAGGUUGUACCGAAAAGCGUUCUUUUAUCCGCCAAAAAUGGUAUCCAUCUGAAAGUUGAGAAGCUUUCCAAAUAGGUUUAUAUCAUUUACUAGUAACCCUAACUUGAGAUUCGCAACUGCUGAGACCUAUAAUGUAGGUAACAAAAUUGUUAACUAUUAUUUAUAAAAAUAAAUUAAUUUUUGAUCAAUAUUAAAAAAAUUGGAUUUGUAUUAUAAAUUAAGCUGAGAAAUUGUAAUCAAAUUUAUAGUUCCAUACCUUCCAUUUGUAUACUUUUUCUCAAGUUGAUUUUAAUACCAUGCAAAAACUAAAGCCCUCGGAAAAUCUAAACACAAUAAUUUGUUUUAUUACGUAUGGAAGCAAUGACUCUUCAAGAAUGAUAAGAGUGAUUAGGAAUGAUUAUCAAUAAGAACAAUUGUAUACAGGUUGCCAAGGAAAAUAUCAGGGAAAAUGCCUAUUUCACCAGACAGUGCCGUAUUACACACAAAGAUUUAAAUUGUGUACAAAGUUAGAUUAAUUUUCGUAAUCUUAUAUUAACGUAUCUAAAGUAAUAGUACUGUGCAAAAUGAAAAUGUUAUACCCAAUGGAAAAUAUAAUCAAGUAUUAUUUCAUUUGCAGAGUCCAAAUUGUGUAUUAAAUGAUUGGUUGAGUGCGCAGAGAAUA